AUGAUUUUAUAAAUUAAAGUAAUAUUAUGAAUGAUAUAUUUAGAACUUCAUUUAAAAAAUUGGUAAAAAAUUUACUUUUAUAAAAUAGAGGGAAUAUAUACAUAAAGAUGAAACUUUAUAUAAUGAAAUAGUAAAAGAUAAGAAAUUUGCAGCAGUAUUUGAUGAAAGUGAAUUAGAAGUUAUGAGUUUUUAUAUAAUAAUGCUUUCAUUUUUAAGAAACUCAAUUACUUUGUUAUAAAAUUAAUUGAACUUUAAAUUAAGGAAUUUUAAAGAAUAGGAUUAAUUAGAUGGAGUAGAGGAAUGUGCCAUAUUGUUUUUAAUAUAUUUAGUAUUAUAUAUGGAGAUUUGUUUUUAAGAAAUCUCAAAUUUUUAGAAUUCAAUAUUCUAUCUAAAUUAAUUCAAUUUAAAAUAAUUGGUUGAAGAAAAAUAUACAAAUUUAACAAAAAAAUAAUUCUUGUAAAUAUCCUAAAAAAUUAAUUCAUUGUAGUUGAUUUGA